AUGGAGAAUAAAAGAAAUGUGACUGAAUUCAUUUUAAUAGGUCUUACACAGAACCCCAAGAUGCAGAAUAUAGUGUUUCUGGGAUUUUUGAUUCUAUACAUGGUAACACUCUCAGGCAACCUGCUCAUUGUGGUUACCAUUACCACCACCCAGACUCUGAACUCCCCCAUGUAUUUCUUCCUGACUCAUCUUUCCUUGAUAGACACAAUUUAUUCUUCUUCUUCUUCAGCUCCUAAGCUGAUUGUGGACUCCCUUCACGAGCAGAAAAUUAUCUCCUUUAAUGGGUGUAUGGCUCAGGUUUAUGCAGAACACAUUUUUGGUGCUACUGAGAUCAUCCUGCUGACAGUGAUGGCCUAUGAUCGCUAUGUGGCCAUCUGCAGACCUCUGCACUAUGUGACUGUCAUGAGCCACAGGCUGUGCUUUCUUCUGCUGGGAGUGGCCUGGACUGGAGGAUUUCUCCACGCGACCAUUCAGAUACUCUUUACAGUCUGGCUGCCCUUCUGCAGUCCCAAUGUCAUAGAUCACUUCAUGUGUGAUUUGUACCCUUUAUUGAAACUUGUCUGCAUGGACACUCACACCCUUGGUCUCUUUGUUGCUGUCAACAGUGGGUUCAUCUGUCUUUUAAACUUCCUCCUCUUGGUGGUCUCCUACGUAGUCAUUCUAUGGUCCCUAAAGAGCUAUAGCUUGGAAGGGAGGCGCAAAGCCCUUUCCACCUGUGUCUCUCAUAUCACAGUAGUUGUCUUAUUUUUUGUGCCCUGUAUAUUUGUGUAUCUGCGCCCAGUGACCACUCUGCCCAUUGAUAAAGCUGUUGCUAUCUUUUAUACUAUGGUGGUUCCAAUGUUAAAUCCCUUAAUCUAUACCCUCAGAAAUGCUGAGGUAAAAAAUGCUAUGAGGAAGCUCUGGAGAAAAAAAGUGACUUCAGAUAAUGAUUAA